GGCGGCUGUGGCGGCGGCGCGGGGCUGCUGGAGGCGGAGGCGGAGAGGCGCGGAGGAGCGCGGGGCCGCCGCCACGGGCGCUAGGAGGUGUCUCUACUGUUGACAGAUUUCCUCAAUUUUGUUUGCCUGAGAAAGUCUUUGUCUUUCAUUUUUGGCGGAUUCGUGAGGCUCCAGGGCCUUCAAGCUGUGAUUACUCAGAUGGUUCCUGAAAUGACUGGGAAGGCGGACGCUUUGGUGCCCAUCGAAGAGCAUAUGUCUGUGUAUAUCUGAAACCUUCUUUGUACACACACACACUUACACCAGAAGACAGGCUCAUUCUUGUGCACACUUGAAGAGUUUUACAACUGAUGAAAAUUAAUUUAAGAAUCAGAUGGAUCAACUUGACACUACUGGGCCCAGGAGCCCGGGGAGAAAAAUAUGUUACUGAUGGUCAGUUUUCCACAUGGUCUUCACGGGUAAAGAAAGUUUGCAAAAAGAAGAAAAAAAAACUUUCACGGUUCAAGCCUCAAAAAUACCUCUGCAGCUUAAAGAAGGAACUAAGUGAGAAGGUGGCUGGGGGAGAAGUGUGGUGUCGAGCGGCGCAGGCAGCGUCAUGCAGUGGGCUUUGCACUUUAUUUUCCAGUGUUUUUGGUAAUUUGGACAGACUUCAAAACUCUGGACUGAGAAGUAAUUCUGGCUGUGUGUGACUUCAGGAAAGCAAGGUCAGGUAUGAUGGGACAAAUCUGAACGAUGAACUGGUUCCUUUGCCUUUUUCAGUUAACUGUGUUCUCGAAGUUUUAAUUUAUUAUUUUCCUUUUCCAUUCCCGUAUCUAUAGGAUAAUAUUUUAAAGUAGCAACUGAAACCAGUAUUUACAAAGUAAGUAUCCAGGAACAUCCAAGCAAAGCUUCUUUUCCUUGGACUGCACCCGUGGCAUUUGCACGCAUCUCUGAAUGUGAGCCAGAGAGCGCCCGUCAGCGGGACAGGCUGACUCUCUAGGGAUCGAGUGCGGGAGACCUUGACUCUUGUCUGCGCUUUCUCUACUUGAUGGACUUAAUUCUGAGAUGAGUCUUUUUUUUCAAGCUGGAGAAAUAGAUGAUCUUUAGGAGCGGAAAGGGGAGAAGCCAGAAGGGGAGGGAGGAAGGAGACGGGGUAAAGAGACAGAAUCCUGUAGUGACUCUCGGUUUUGUCAACCAGAAGAUUUAGGAUUCACCCAAAGCGAACACUCAAGAGCUUUAGAACCUUCUGGCUCCGAGUGAAGUGGUUUUCUCUCUCCACCUUUAUGGCACCGAGGAGCGCAUCGGUCUGUGGCGGGCCGGUCAGAUGGAGCCCAGCUCUCUGCGAGGACACAGCAACCUGCCUGCCGGGAAGCCAGGCUGGGCCCUGAGGGGGGACGUUUCUGGUUCAGGACAGUGGGGAGAGUCUUUUUUCCUUCCUGAACUUGGACUGCUGUCUGCACAAACUCUGAUCUGUUUUGCACGGUUUGUGUGCCUUUUUUCCCCUUUAUGCAAUCUUUUUCAGCUUCAGCAACAGAAAUUGGUCUAGUCGAGAAAACGUGCUAGAGGGUGGCUUCAGAAGGAAGAUGAUCCCAUGUGUUCUGUCUCUGCAUCUGAACUUUUGAAGAGAAAAUUCCAGCUCGAGGGAUUCUUUAAAGCCUUAAGUUACUUGAAAUCUAUGUAUUUGCAACCCUUUGUCUCUGGAAUCAUAUUACACUAAACUGGAAUCUCAGGCUGAAUGAGAAUAACCAAGUUGAGUGAAAAGAAGAAAACCCCGUUUCUUGAUCAGCACGUGGUAAUGUGGCUCUUCCUCUAAGGACUUGAAAAUAAAAAUGGACACGUGUUGUUUUUAAGCAUUACCUUUUCCUAGCAGACUGCCAUCAUCUUUUCUAGAGGGAUUUUUUCACUAUGCAUUUGGGUGGAUCUUUAUAAAAUACCUUGUAAUUAGAUCCAGGUCGGUCUUCAUUAAAAGGGGUCGGGGAAAACAGCGCAAGCCAACCACAAAAUCACAUCAGUCAGUUGAUCCAUGAAAAGAAUUAGUUUGAGUUUUUUGGCAUUCAGCAUUACUUUUUAAAUAAAACGGUUCACUGAGAAAAAGUAUGUAUGCAGCAGUGGAACAUGGGCCUGUCCUUUGCAGUGACUCCAACAUCCUCUGCCUAUCCUGGAAGGGGCGUGUUCCCAAGAGUGAGAAGGAGAAGCCGGUGUGCCGGAGGCGCUACUAUGAGGAGGGCUGGCUGGCCACAGGUAACGGCCGUGGCGUCGUCGGGGUGACCUUCACCUCGAGCCAUUGCCGCCGGGACAGAAACACGCCGCAGAGAAUAAACUUCAACCUGCGGGGCCACAACAGCGAGGUUGUGCUGGUGAGAUGGAAUGAGCCAUACCAGAAGCUGGCCACGUGUGACGCAGAUGGAGGGAUAUUUGUGUGGAUUCAGUAUGAAGGGAGGUGGUCUGUGGAAUUGGUCAACGAUCGAGGGGCUCAGGUGAGUGAUUUCACGUGGAGCCAUGAUGGGACUCAAGCACUCAUUUCAUAUCGAGACGGGUUUGUCCUGGUUGGUUCUGUCAGCGGACAAAGACACUGGUCAUCCGAGAUCAACUUGGAAAGUCAAAUCACAUGUGGCAUAUGGACUCCUGAUGACCAACAGGUGCUGUUCGGCACGGCUGACGGGCAGGUGAUCGUCAUGGACUGCCACGGCAGGAUGCUGGCCCAUGUCCUCCUGCACGAGUCCGACGGCAUCCUCAGCAUGUCCUGGAACUACCCCGCCUUCCUGGUGGAGGACAGCAGCGAGAGCGACACCGACUCGGACGACUACUCCCCGCCCCAAGAUGGACCAGCAGCGUAUCCCAUCCCGGUGCAGAACAUCAAGCCACUGCUCACCGUCAGCUUCACCUCGGGGGACAUCAGCUUAAUGAACAACUACGAUGACUUGUCUCCUACUGUCAUUCGCUCAGGGCUGAAAGAGGUGGUGGCCCAGUGGUGCACCCAGGGAGACCUCCUGGCCGUCGCUGGGAUGGAACGGCAGACCCAGCUUGGUGAGCUCCCCAACGGCCCUCUUCUGAAGAGUGCCAUGGUCAAGUUCUACAAUGUCCGCGGGGAGCACAUCUUCACUCUGGACACGCUUGUGCAACGCCCCAUCGUCUCCAUCUGCUGGGGACACCGGGACUCACGGCUGCUGAUGGCUUCGGGGCCAGCCCUGUACGUGGUGCGCGUGGAGCACCGCGUGUCCAGCCUGCAGCUGCUGUGCCAGGAGGCCAUCGCCAGCGCCCUGCGGGAAGACAAGGACGUCAGCAAGCUCACCCUGCCCCCUCGCCUCUGCUCCUACCUCUCCACCGCCUUCACCCCCACCAUCAAGCCCCCAAUUCCGGAUCCCAACAACAUGCGAGACUUUGUCAGCUACCCCUCCGCCGGCAACGAGCGCCUGCACUGUACCAUGAAGCGCACGGAGGACGACCCGGAGGUGGGCGGUCCGUGCUACACCCUCUACCUGGAGUACCUGGGCGGGCUCGUGCCCAUCCUCAAGGGGCGGCGCGUCAGUAAGCUGCGGCCAGAGUUCGUCAUCAUGGACCCCCGGACGGAUGGCAAAUCAGAUGAAGUCUACGGAAAUGGCCUGAUCUCCGCCAUGCUGGACAGCUGCAACUGCUCGGACUCCAGUGAUGUGGAACUGAGUGACGACUGGGCUGCCAAGAAAUCCCCCAAAAUCUCCCGAGCUAGCAAGUCACCCAAACUCCCAAGGAUCAACAUUGAGGCCCGGAAGUCUCCCAAGCUGUCCCGGGCUGCUCAGGAGAUGUCCAGGUCUCCCCGGUUGCCGAUGCGCAAGCCCUCCAUUGGCUCGCCCAGCCUGACACGAAGAGAGUUUCCCUUUGAAGACAUCACUCAGCACAACUAUCUUGCUCAGGUCACGUCUAAUAUCUGGGGAACCAAGUUUAAGAUUGUGGGCUUGGCUGCUUUCCUGCCAACCAACCUCGGUGCAGUAAUCUAUAAAACCAGCCUCCUGCACCUCCAGCCGCGGCAGAUGACCAUCUAUCUCCCAGAGGUUCGGAAGAUUUCCAUGGACUAUGUUAAUUUGCCUGUCUUCAACCCGAAUGUUUUCAGUGAGGAUGAAGAUGAUUUACCAGUGACAGGAGCAUCUGGUGUGCCUGAGAGCAACCCCCCUUGCACGGUGAACAUCCCUAUUGCGCCCAUUCACAGCUCGGCACAGGCUAUGUCCCCUACUCAGAGCAUAGGCUUGGUGCAGUCCCUGCUGGCCAAUCAGAAUGUGCAGCUGGACGUCCUGACCAAUCAGACCACGGCAGUGGGGACAUCUGAGCACGGAAGUGACAGUGCCACCCAGUACCCUGUCUCCAACCGCUACUCCAGCCCCGGACAGGUGAUCUUUGGAGGUGUGGAGAUGGGCCGCAUCGUCCCCAGCCCUGCUCAGCUGUCCCUGCCGCCGCCCACCCAGGGAGCCAUCCAGCUGUCGGUGGUGGACCAUGGAGACCGAGAUCAUGACCACCUGCAGAAGUCCGCCAAGGCCCUGCGGCCUGUGGCGCAGCUGGCCGCGGAAGGGGACGCAGUGGUGUUCAGUGCCCCACAGGAGGUCCAGGUGGCGAAGAUGAACCCACCACCCCCCUACCCCGGAACCAUCCCCGCAGCCCCCACCACCGCAGCACCGCCGCCCCCGCUGCCACCCCCGCAGCCCCCGGUGGACACGUGCCUGAAGAAGGGCGACUUCUCCCUGUACCCCACAGCAGCCCAUUACCAGACGCCCCUGGGCUACGAGAGGAUCACCACCUUCGACAGCAGCGGCAACGUGGAAGAGGUAUGCCGGCCGCGGACGCGGAUGCUCUGCUCCCAGAACACCUACACCCUCCCCGGCCCGGGCAGCUCGGCCACCCUGAGGCUCACCGCCACGGAGAAGAAGGUCCCCCAGCCCUGCACCAGUGCGACCCUGAACCGCCUGACGGUCCCCCGCUACUCCAUCCCGACCGGAGACCCACCCCCGUACCCCGAAAUCGCCGGCCCCCUGCCCGGCAGGGGCGCUGCCCAGAGGCCCGACAGUCUCAUCCACGCCACGCUGCGCAGGAACAACCGCGAGGUGGCGCUCAAGGCGGCGCAGCUGGCCGAGCCCCCGAGGGCCCCACCGCAGCACCCGCCCAAGCCCAAGGGCGCCGUGCAGUUUCCGGUGAGGCCCCCGCCCGCCCUGUACACCUGCAGCCAGUGCAGCGGCGGGGGUGCGGCUGGGCGGCCGGAGCCGGGCGCUGGGGGUGCAGGGGGCGCGCAGCCGGGAUCGGGCCUGGCACACGCCGCCAGCACCUCCCCGCUGACCUCCCAGUCGUCCUACAGCCUCCUGAGCCCGCCAGACGGGGCCCGCGACCGCGCCGACUAUGUUAACUCGGCCUUCACUGAGGACGAGGCGCUGGCCCAGCACUGUCAGGUGGAGAAGCCCCUGAGGCACCCCGCGCUGCCCGAAGCUGCUGUGGCCGUAAAACGGCCACCACCUUACCAGUGGGACCCUGUGCUGGGGGAGGACAUUUGGGUUCCUCAGGAAAGGACAGCACAGACUGCAGUGCCCAACCCCCUGAAACUGCCCCCACUGAUUGUAGGUCAGAGCCAGCACCUGGAUGUGUCCCGAGUGCCCUUUGUCUCCCCCAAGUCUCCCGCCAGUCCUACUGCCACUUUCCACACAGGCUAUGGGAUGGGAAUGCCGUAUCCAGGAAGCUAUAACACACCCCCUUUGCCGGGGGUGCAGACUCCCUGCUCCCCAAAAGAUGCCCUGUCCCCCACGCCGUUCGCACCACAGGAGUCGGCAGUGGUUCUGCAACCCACCUACCCACCCAGCCUCUCCUACUGCACCCUGCCCCCCAUGUAUCCGGGAAGCAGCACCUGCUCGAGUUUACAGCUGCCACCUAUCGCCUUGCACCCCUGGAGUUCCUAUAGCCCUUGCCCGCCUGUGCAAAACCCCCAGGGCACUCUGCCCCCCAAGGCACACCUGGUGAUAGAGAAGCCCCUCGUGUCCCCACCGCCCACUGACCUCCAAAGCCACUUGGGUACCGAGGUGAUGGUAGAGACCACAGACAACUUCCAAGAAGUCCUCUCCCUGACAGAGAGCCCGGUGCCCCAGCGGACAGAGAAAUUCGGGAAGAAGAACCGGAAGCGCCUGGACAGCCGAGCGGAGGAAGGAAACGUUCAGGCCAUCACGGAGGGCAAAGUGAAGAAGGAGGCGCGGGCUCUGAGUGACUUUAAUUCCCUCAUCUCCAGCCCCCGCCUGGGGAGGGAAAAGAAGAAAGUGAAGAGUCAGAAAGACCAACUGAAGUCCAAGAAGUUGAACAAGACGAAUGAGUUCCAGGACAGCUCAGAGAGCGAGCCCGAGCUGUUCAUCAGCGGGGAUGAGCUGAUGAACCAAAGCCAGGGCAGCAAGAAGGGCUGGAAAAGCAAGCGGAGCCUGAGGACGGCCAGCGAGCUGGAAGAGUUCAAGUGCCGGAAAGCCAGCGAGAAGGAGGACGGGCGGCUGGGCAGCCAGGGCUUCGUGUAUGUCAUGGCCAACAAGCAGCCUCUGUGGAACGAAGCCACACAGGUGUACCAGCUGGACUUCGGGGGACGGGUGACCCAAGAGUCGGCCAAGAACUUCCAGAUCGAGCUGGAGGGGCGGCAGGUGAUGCAGUUUGGAAGGAUUGACGGCAACGCGUACAUUCUGGACUUCCAGUACCCCUUCUCCGCUGUGCAGGCCUUCGCCGUGGCCCUGGCCAAUGUGACUCAGCGCCUGAAGUAAGGACACUGGUGUGGGGCAGACGGAGAGGCCUCCUCGAGGCGCCCGAGAUGUCGCCCGGGGCCCCGGUGUCUGGGACCAGAAGACGAGCAAAACUGGAAGAAUCUGUCAGGCCCAGGAGAAGGGACUGACCUUUCAUUGUUGUCGUUUGUUUGGCCUUUUAUAAUCCUUUAUUGUUUCUCUUUCUUCUUUCUUUUCAAACAAAAAGAAUACAGGAAGAGUGGGAUUUGCAAGCAGAGGGGGUGAGGCACCUGGUGUCUUUAGGAAACACAGUUGCUGUGGGGAUGUCCUGCUGCCUUUGCUUCUGUCCGCGCCGCCGGGGCAGGGGGGCCCCCGGGAGGAAGGGACCCCGCCCGCCCGCGGAUCUCCGCGCUCCACGCGUCUCGCUUUGUGACGCCUUCGUACCAUAACCACUUGUCUGGAAACAAAAUGCUUUGUAAAAAGAACCAAAAGCCUGGGGGUCCAGGUUCUUGGAGGGGGCGUUGAAUCCACACCCGUCCUGUUACUUCCCCAGGGGCGACUCGGUGGCUGUUGGGGGUUACGGAGGCCGCGCGGUGAGGCUCCCAGGAGUGGGCUGUGCGGCGCUGCCCUUAGCAGGGGUAAGCGCGGAGGGGGCGUCCGCGAGGGGCCCAGCCGGAGGCGCCGGGAAUGGUACACGGGCUCGGCUCCUCUCAGAGGCUGUUCACAUGAGAGACCCCACCCGUGUCAUCUUAGAACGUGGCAGCAUCCCACUGGUUCAGGGAGGUUUGCCUUCCGGAGAAGGGAGGGACAAAACGGAUCGGUCCUGGCGUGUCGUGGGGUAGCUGCCUGGUCAUCUAGCACCUUGGGCGACCACUAGGUACUCACCUGCUGAAAAGCCACCUUAGUCCCCUCCACCCCUCUGUUGUUUAGUCUGGAAAGUGUGGCCGGAGACGUUCUCCUUCCCACUAGAUAAGCUGCUGCGCUUUCUCUUUCUGGAGAUGCUGAGACAUUGGUCUGAAAGUGCGCCUUUCUUCUCAGCCACGUUAAAACCCAGUUGACUAGAGAUGUUUCCUGAUCGGUUAGAAAUGUAACAAAACCGUAGGCAUUUGCCAGGGUGUUUAAAGAGAUAUAGUAAUCUCUUUGAAACAAGUCUCACAGUUGUACUGGGAGGGAAAAAAAAAGUUCUUUAUUAAUUGUACAGACUGUUUACUGAGGAGAUGAACCACUGGGAACACAUUAUUAAAAUUAUAGUACUUAAGACAGCUGGUUAAUUACAAAAAAGAAAGAAAAAUCUGAGAUGAUCUUUUCCCUCCACCUCCUCCUUAGGGGACGCCGCGGGCAGCACUGAGCCCCGGUAACAAACCCGGUUCACAGUUGUCACUUACUCCAACAUGUCAUGUGUUUAGGGCAGGAGCAUGGGACUGUCUACUUGCAGGGAGUCCUCCGUGUGCAUUUGGUUUGGAGCAGACAAAUGAGAGACACUGUAGAGAAGUCUUUUGAAAGUAUGUAUUUUUACAUUCCUUGUUUUGGUUUAAAAACUAGAAAAGGCACCGGCCCAUUCCUUCCCCACAGCAAGACAGCAUCACUCACCAUUCUCUCCAAACCCUGAAGAAACACACAUGAGGACAGCUCCCAGCUAACGUCCGAGUUUUCCAGCUUGUAUUUUAAAAUAUUGAACCUGAUUUUUUGUGGGUCAAUUCUUUGAGAAAGAAUUUAGCAGUGUAUUCAGAAUUAUAUAAUUCUUUUAUAGGAGUUUCUGUAGCUUGGUAAGAUGUUUCAAUGCUUAUUAGUUGUGCAAUAAUGGUUAUGACCUAUUUCUAAAAUAAUUUAAAUGCAGUUCCCCUGUUUUGUUGUCCAAGAGAUUAUUUAUCUUGCUUUAAUAGUGUUCUUAGGAAUUCUUUUGUUACUAUAUACUGGUGAGUUAUGCCCAUUUUAUUUAUUUAGAAAAAUAGUGUGUUUGUAAUGAGUUAUUUGGUAGCAGCGUAUUUUGCUGCGAGAAAUAAAGAGGAUAUGAUAGAA